AUGAAAGAUUUCAACUCGAGCAAGUAUCCGAUAGAAACAAUGUUACAGCUUAGAAAGGAUGUGGAAGGAAGCUUAGUGGAUUCGAAGGAGUAUAGGCGUAUCAUCGAGUGUCUUAAGUACUUGACGCACACUCGACCUGAUAUCUCUUAUGCAAUUGGAAUAAUGAGUCGAUACAUGGAUCAACCUACCACUUUACACCGACAAAUAAUAAAACACAUUCUUCGUUACGUGAAGGAAACGUCGAGCUAUGGGAUUAAAUUAAGAAGAGGACGACAAGUUGAAGAUUUCGUUGGUUUUACUAACAGUGACCUAGCUGGUGUUGUUGCUUUAUCUUCAUGUAAAGCAGAGUUUAUGAUAGUUACUAUAGCGUCGUGUCAAGGACUUUGA